CGUCUCUAGACGCCUCGACAUCACACCAUUCACCAUAUCCAAUUUCGAUAUGCCAAAACUAUUAAACGGUUUAUACAGUGGCAAUCGUGCCAUUUCACCAGAACUCAUGGAGUCGCAGCCGGCACUGGGAUCUGGUUCGAUAAAAUCAAAAGGGAAGUUCUGGAUAUUUUCAAUGAUAAUUGAGCGUGUGUCAAGUCCCAGACGUGCUGAUAGCGAAGAUGCAGAUACACCACUUGAGUCAAUAUUGCAAGCAGACCCUGCCGUAGAACAAGUUUGUCUUUUGCGUGACAGUCCGUUCAGGAUAUUAAGGGCAGCUGAAGCUGGAAACUUGGAUGAUUUUAAACGUUUAUAUCAGGCUGACAACACACGCUUAGCUCUGCAGGAUGGGAAAGGAAGAACGGCAGCACAUCAAGCAGCCGCUCGAAAUCGAGUAAACAUCUUACGUUAUAUCGGUGAUCAAAACGGCGAUUUUAAUACUAAGGAUAAUGCAGGGAAUACGCCCUUACAUAUUGCAGUUGAGUUCGAUGCUUAUGAUGCUAUGGAAUAUUUGUUAUCUGUUCCUGUUGAUACAAGUGUCCUCAAUGAUAAGAAACAAGCACCUGUUCACUUGGCUACAGAAUUAAAUAAAUUUAAGUGCUUGUGUGUUAUGGGCAAAUAUCGUAAUGUUAUUAACAUACAACAAGGCGGCGAACAUGGACGCACUGCAUUACAUAUAGCAGCUAUUUACGAUCAUGAGGAAUGCGCACGUUUACUGAUAACUGAAUUUGGUGCAUGCCCCCGUAGACCCUGCAACAAUGGUUACUAUCCCAUACAUGAAGCGGCAAAAAAUGCUAGCUCCAAAACGAUGGAAGUUUUUUUCCAGUGGGGCGAACAACGCGGUUGCACACGUGAGGAAAUGAUAUCGUUUUACGAUUCGGAAGGUAAUGUACCACUGCACUCUGCAGUGCAUGGAGGUGAUAUCAAAGCUGUGGAAUUAUGUCUCAAAUCAGGAGCUAAAAUAUCGACACAACAACACGAUCUUUCUACGCCAGUGCACUUGGCGUGUGCUCAGGGUGCAAUUGAAAUUGUCAAGUUAAUGUUUACAAUGCAACCGCUUGAGAAAAGAAUCUGUCUUAGUUGCACAGACGUACAGAAAAUGACACCUUUACACUGUGCAUCUAUGUUUGAUCAUCCCGAUAUCGUUGAGUAUUUAAUUAGAGAGGGUGCUGAUAUCAAUGCACUGGAUAAAGAGCAUCGUUCACCUUUGCUUUUAGCUGCAUCCAGAUGUGGUUGGAAAACUGUACAUGUACUUAUACGUCUAGGAGCAAAUAUAAGCGAAAAGGAUUCGAAUGCACGAAAUGUGCUACACUUUGUCAUUAUGAACGGUGGACGUUUACCAGAUUUUGCUGAAGAAGUCAGUAAGACUCAAUCACAUUCACAAUUGGAACAUUUGCUUAAUGAAAAAGAUAAUACUGGUUGUUCACCAUUGCAUUAUGCCAGUCGUGAUGGACAUAUACGUUCACUUGAAAAUCUCAUCCGUUUGGGCGCUUGUAUUAAUCUCAAAAAUAAUAAUAAUGAAAGUCCACUACACUUUGCAGCACGUUACGGUCGUUACAAUACAGUGCGACAAUUGUUAGACUCCGAAAAAGGCUCCUUCAUUAUAAAUGAAAGUGAUGGUGUUGGCAUGACACCUUUACACAUUGCUUCACAGCAAGGACAUACACGUGUAGUACAAUUAUUGUUAAAUCGUGGUGCUUUACUACAUCGGGAUCAUAAUGGACGCAAUCCAUUGCAACUGGCCGCUAUGUCUGGUUAUACACAAACCAUUGAAUUACUGCAUUCUGUGCAUUCACAUUUACUGGAUCAGGUUGAUAAGGAUGGUAAUACCGCAUUGCAUUUAGCUACAAUGGAAAAUAAGCCUCAGUCAAUUUCUGUGUUGCUUUCAAUGAACUGCAAAUUGCUUUACAAUUAUAUGGACAUGAGCGCUAUUGACUAUGCAAUCUAUUACAAAUAUCCGGAGGCAGCUUUAGCUAUGGUUACGCAUGAAGAGCGCGCCAAUGAGGUUAUGAUACUAAAGUCCGACAAGCAUCCUUGUGUAACCUUAGCACUUAUUGCAUCUAUGCCAAAAGUGUUUGAAGCCGUACAGGACAAAUGCAUUACUAAGGCUAAUUGCAAAAAGGACUCCAAAAGUUUUUACAUUAAGUAUUCAUUCGCUUUCUUGCAAUGUCAUUUUAUGUUCGCCAAAAUCGAUGAACGCACUGGUGAGCCAGUUUUGCAAAGUAACCCAACACCUUUACCAGCAUUAAAUACCAUGGUCAACCAUGGACGCGUCGAACUUUUAGCUCAUCCAUUGAGUCAAAAAUAUUUACAAAUGAAAUGGAACUCUUAUGGAAAAUAUUUUCAUCUAACUAAUCUCUUGAUAUAUUCAAUAUUUUUAUUGUUUGUAACAAUUUAUUCGUCCUUAAUGAUGAAUGGUAUUGAAUUACGGAAUGCGGCAAAUAAACAAGAAAUCAAUAUCAGUAAAAACGAAUUCGAAGGACAUAACCAUUCCAAUUGGUUCCCAGCAGUAGCUCCAGAUAUCUUGCUAAAUACUCCAUGCUAUGAAAGCAUUCGAAAAUCAUCAGCUAUUGUUGUAUGCGCGGUUGCUAUUAUUGUCUACAUUACCUUGAACUCUUUGCGCGAGAUAAUUCAAAUGUAUCAACAACGUCUGCAUUAUAUACUGGAAAUAGUUAAUCUGAUCUCUUGGGUAUUAUAUAUAUCAGCAUUGAUAAUGGUUACCCCUGUUUUUGAUGCUGAUGGUAGAAUCAAUACAAUACAUUAUUCCGCUGCUUCGAUAGCUGUGUUUUUGUCAUGGUUUAGAUUGUUGCUAUUCUUACAACGCUUUGAUCAAGUUGGAAUAUAUGUUGUAAUGUUUCUGGAAAUCCUACAAACGCUCAUUAAAGUAUUAUUGGUUUUCUCUAUACUUAUAAUUGCAUUCGGUCUGGCAUUUUAUAUUCUAUUGUCGAAGAUAAUUGAUCCUCAGCCGAAUAAUUUAUCAUUUUCAAACAUACCGAUGUCUUUGCUUCGAACCUUUUCCAUGAUGUUGGGUGAACUUGAUUUUGUUGGCACUUACGUACAUACAUUCUAUCGCGAUCAAUUGAAGGUACCUGUAACUUCAUUUCUGAUUUUAAGCGUUUUUAUGAUCUUGAUGCCAAUUCUUCUCAUGAAUCUGCUCAUCGGUUUGGCAGUCGGCGAUAUAGAAUCUGUUCGACGAAAUGCACAAUUAAAGCGUUUAGCCAUGCAGGUGGUACUCCACACUGAGCUGGAACGCAAGCUUCCGCAAGUGUGGCUGCAGAAAAUUGAUAAAAUGGAAUUAAUUGAGUAUCCAAAUGACACCAAAUGCAAAUUGGGUUUUAUGGAUUUCAUUCUACGUAAAUGGUUUUCAAACCCAUUUAGUGAGGAAUCUUCUUUGGAUGCUAUUCCCUUUGAAAACAGUGAUGACUACAUCAAUGCUGAAUUGGAUAAGCAAAGACGUAAAUUACGUGACAUAAGUCGUUCUCUAGACCAACAACAUCAUUUGUUACGCUUAAUUGUGCAGAAAAUGGAAAUAAAAACUGAGGCUGAUGAUGUUGAUGAAGGUGUUAAUCCAAACGACAUGCGGUCCUUGUCAUCUUAUAAUACUGUUUCUGCUAGUUCUCGUUGGACUUCACCGAGGAUACGCACCAAACUUAGCGCAGCAUUAAGUUUUAACAAAAGUUUUGAAACACAUCGCAGAUUUUGAUCCAUUUACUUAGAAUGGCGAUAA